AGGACGGGGCAGAUCUGGUUAUUCCCAGCUGAGCCACCUGCAGCUGGAGGAAACAACGCGCUUGGUGGGGCGGCGUGAAGCAUUCAGACGGCUCCCCACAGAGCCCGCGAUGGUGGGGACUGGGGGUGUCCCUCAGCGCUUUGCUCCUCAAAACUGACUUUCGGGAGCGGGGACCGCCAGCCCUGCGGAGGACGGGGCCGGGGGUGCGUGGCGGGAUAGUCCUCGCUCCCCGCGGGCUGUGCGGGGGCGUGGGAAGGCGGGCGCUGCCGGCGGCCCGUCCCACGGCCCGGCCCGCCGCGGGGCCGGGGCGCUCCGCGGGGCGGUGCGGAGCGGGGCGCGGCUGCGGAGGCUGCUGCGCGCCAUGCGGGCUGGCUGAGCGGCGCCGGCCGCCUCCAACUUUCCCGGGGAAGGAUGGCCUCCAAUUUCAACGACAUCGUGAAGCAGGGCUACGUGCGCAUCCGGAGCCGGCGGCUGGGGAUUUACCAGAGAUGCUGGUUAGUAUUCAAAAAAGCUUCAAGCAAAGGGCCAAAGAGGCUGGAGAAAUUCUCAGAUGAACGAGCUGCUUACUUCAGAUGCUAUCACAAGGUCACAGAGCUCAAUAAUGUGAAGAAUAUAUUACGAAUGCCAAAAAGCACAAAGAAGCAUGCUGUUGGGAUUUAUUUCAAUGAUGAUACCUCCAAAACCUUUGCUUGUGAGUCAGAUUUUCUGGGCAUUUAUACAGAACUUGAGGCAGAUGAGUGGUGCAAGGUGCUGCAGAUGGAGUGCCUUGGAACGCGAAUCAAUGACAUUAGCCUUGGAGAGCCUGACUUGUUGGCAUCUGGAGUAGAGAGGGAGCAGAGUGAGAGAUUCAAUGUGUAUUUGAUGCCAUCCCCUAAUUUAGAUGUGCAUGGGGAAUGUACCUUGCAGAUAACAUUUGAGAAUAUCUGUCUUUGGGACAUCCAGAAUCCCAGAGUAAAACUCAUCUCUUGGCCAUUAAGUGCCCUGCGACGCUACGGGCGGGACCCAUCUUGGUUCACGUUUGAAGCAGGAAGGAUGUGUGACACAGGAGAAGGACUAUUCAUAUUUCAGACCAGAGAUGGGGAAGCGAUCUAUCAGAAGGUUCACUCGGCUGCUUUGGCCAUAGCAGAACAACACGAGCGCUUGUUGCAGAGUGUGAAAAAUUCAAUGCUGCUUGAGUUCAAACUCCCCUCGGGGGAAGCCGUGCUAGCCCAGGACCAGGGGGGCACCAAGCUUCAGAUGAAAAUGAGCGAGCGAGCCGUGUCCCUCAGCGCCAUGGUGCCCUUGCCCCGCAGUGCCUACUGGCAGCACAUCACGCGACAGCACAGCACGGGCCAGCUCUACGGCCUGCAAGAUGUUUCUAGCCCAGUGAAGCUUCAUCGUACAGACACUUUUCCAACCUACAGGUCAGACCAUCGGUAAAGGACUGUAAAGAACUUUACAAACUCUUUGUCUUCUGAUAAACUGCCCCAGUGGAUGACAGUGACGAUGACAAGCGAGGAUGGAAAAAUGGAAAAGUUGAGGUUGGAUGAAAAAUUCUUGCAAUACGAAGUUUUUUUCAAACUUUGUGACAAGUUAAAACUGUUCUGUAGAUAUUGGGGAGGGGAACAAAAGCAACAAACCCUCCAGUGUUUCUUUUAUAUCUUACAGCUGGACAGAGAAGAAAUCGCUCCCUAAGUAUUUCCAAAUGUUUUUGUAUGAUAGGUAUGUUGUAAAUAUAUGAGAUUUUCCUGUUGUAGUGUGGUUCCAUUUCGUCUCUUACAGCUGUGUGUUUACUGAUGUCAGCUGUGUCAUCCUUGUUUGUUGUAAUGCUUAUCUUUAGUUAUUUGCAUUAUUGUUCAGCCUAAUCCUUGACCUUUGAAAUGUGGCCAGUUUUAAGCAGCUAUUGGAUACAAUUUUUCCUGUUGGAAGCCCGAUAAAGACUUGAUUGAUUUCUUCUGAAAGCACCCCCUCUAUCUUCUAUUUCCUGUAUUUAUUUCCAUCUCUGUAAAUGUUUAAAAUAAAAAAAAUAAUA